UCAUAGAACAAGAGAAAUCAAAAUGGCGCAAAGCAGGGAAACUGAGUCCCAACGAGUCGAAAUAAACAAACAGCCAAGCAUAGACCUACGAAAAUGCGCUAGUGACUAUGCACCUUAUAUAGACGUCGACGUGAGAAAUGAGGUCAAAGGCAUCGAAGCCAUAAUCGAGGAGAUGCUAGCAAAGCUUGACGAGUUUUCACACCUUGCUGAUACGAUAAGAAAUGACUCGUCUCAGAUUCUGUUUAUAUCCCUACCUGAGCUUUGCAAUAAGUGUCAAGAACUGCCUUCAAUCUUUAACAAGAUAGAUCACCUUGAGGCCUUUCUAAGGACAGUAAGAAGGAACGUUGAUGAAAUGGAAGAGACUGUGGAUAUUGCUGAAGAAGAUCUUGGUACCCACUCCAUCAAGAAAGUACUACACUCCAUUCCUUACCUUGGACUUACAAAGAAAAAACAGCCAGUGUCUAUAGAAACCCCUAAAACAGAAUGGAAACGACCAGAGGUUUUCUCAACAUCCAGUUUUUUCGGCCCAAGACAUGAAGAAAAACACCAGGGGCUAGGAAAGAGGUUAGACACAGAACACAGGACUGAAGGCAUUAGUUGAGUAUAUGAUAGCGUAAUGUAUGGUUAGAAGAUCAUGUAACCAUGGCAUAUCUAGGGGUGGGUCGAGCACACAACAGUUGUGUUUGCAAUGAUUUUGUUUGAUAUCCAUCAUCGAAAAAGUAGGAAAUGUUUGGGGUAAAUAGGUACGAAAAAAAAUGUAUUAUAAAAUGUAAAAAUAUUAAAAUAUUAGAUGGUAAUUCACUCAAAUAUAUUACAUGAAUCACAAAUUACUGGCGAAUGGAGGUGAAAACAAAAAGAAAAGAUGCCAUUGGUUGUACAGUGCAUUGUAUUAAAGAAAACAGAGCAAGGUAAA